AGGGAUCGCUGUCGCUCGCCGGUCGCAGCCAGCCGCACGGAUCCGCCUAUGUACAUAUUGCAUAUAUACCACUUGGAAUACGACUCCCUUGAACGAGAACAUUGGACAUGGCUGGGCCUGCAAGAGAAAGGGCGCUGGGCAAGCGGACACGCCGCAGUACAGCUGCUGAGCAGCAAGAACACGCAGAGCCGCCGCGAGCAUCCAAGAGAUUGAGGGAGAAGAGGGAGGCCAGCGCAGGUCGCAAUGGACAGACACACCCAGGACAGCCUACUACAACCAUUCGCAAUGGUCUCGCGACACCAGAACCAAGCUCAUUGACCGAGUCGCAAACGUCACUGCCAGUCGACGACGCUCCUCUUGAGCGCAAAGAUAUCUUCCCAUUCAUGCAACUACCCGCCGAGCUACGUGUCCACAUAUACUACAUGGCACUUCACCGCGACACCCCACUCUACCUCCACGCCGCGCGCGCCCUCGAGAAAGGCCUCGAAGACGGCUCCACCGCCCUCGACGCCGACUCAUCUCCCCUCGCCUCUCCAACCGACAUUUCUGCACGCACCUGCCGCCCUCGCGUCCCCAGUCCGCCGCCGGAUAUCACUCCUCCACUCGACCCUGUCGUCCCUACAGUCCUGCGGCUCAAUCAGCAGAUAUACAAAGAAGCGCGCUCCGUCCUCUACAGCGCAAAUACAUUCACCCUCUCCCUGCUCAGUGGAAUCCACACCCUCUCCACCCUGCACCAACGCUCGCGCUCCCUAAUAAAACACGUGAUCAUCACCAUCCCGUCGCACCACGACAUCCUGGACGGCUUCGCCGACCUCGUGCGGCUGGGGCUACGCUACUGUUGGGGGUUGAAGACCUUCAAGAUCAUCCUGCAAGCGAGCCUGCCCGACGAUGGAAGGAUGACGCACGCGACGAGCGUGUAUGCGAAUGCGUUUCAUAUUUUGAGGUGGCUGCCGAGGGGGUGUAAGGUUGUGCUUGAGGGGAAUGUGAGUGAGGUUGUGAGAGAGGUUGUUAGGGAGGAGGGGAGGCUGCAGAGUGUCCUUGACGAGGCGGGGUAUGCGAAGAGGCAGCAUCAGAUGCCUGAACGGCAUUGAUAGGGGGUUUUUAGUAAGAGUGUUGGAUAUGUGUAUACUUGCGAAAGAGUCAUAGUUGGAACCCAUGCCUCGUUUUGCUCGUUGCAUACUGCACCGUACUGUCCUCUGUGCAUGAGCAUGUCCGAACCCCUGUUACGUAGACCCCAGACCCGCUUGCAGAUCCUACCUCGCGCCUUUGCGGACACCUUACGUGUAGAUCCAUGCUCAAGUCCGUAUCCACUGCGUCUUUUGAGUCCAGUCUCCACGAGCUUCAGGAGCGAAGUCGAUGUGUUCUCGGUGACGGGUCAACGUCGUCCAACGAUCCUG